AUGGCCGGCAAGAAAGUCUGCAUUGUAGGCUCUGGUAACUGGGGCUCAGCCAUCGCCAAGAUUGUGGGUAGCAAUGCAGCCCAGCUGGCACGCUUUGACCCACGGGUGAACAUGUGGGUGUUUGAGGAAGACGUCGGGGGCAGAAAACUGACAGAGGUCAUCAACACACAGCAUGAGAAUGUCAAAUACCUGCCAGGGCACAAGUUGCCCCCCAAUGUGGUGGCUAUCCCAGAUGUGGUCCAGGCUGCAGUGGAUGCUGACAUCCUGAUCUUCGUGGUACCCCAUCAGUUCAUCGGCAAGAUCUGUGAUCAGCUCAAGGGUCACCUGAAGGCAGACACCAUUGGGAUAUCUCUUAUUAAGGGGGUAGACGAGGGCCCCAACGGGCUGAAGCUCAUCUCUGAAGUGAUUGGGGAGCGCCUUGGCAUCCCCAUGAGCGUGCUGAUGGGCGCCAACAUUGCCAGCGAGGUGGCUGAUGAGAAGUUCUGUGAGACAACCAUUGGCUGCAAGGACCUGGCCCAGGGACAGCUUCUGAAAGAGCUGAUGCAGACACCCAAUUUCCGCAUCACGGUGGUGCAAGAGGUGGACACAGUAGAGAUCUGUGGGGCCUUAAAGAAUAUAGUGGCCGUGGGGGCUGGCUUCUGUGAUGGGCUGGGCUUUGGCGACAACACCAAGGCGGCCGUGAUCCGACUGGGGCUCAUGGAGAUGAUCGCCUUCACCAAGCUCUUCUGCAGUGGCCCUGUGUCCCCUGCCACCUUCUUGGAGAGCUGCGGUGUUGCUGAUCUCAUCACCACCUGCUAUGGAGGGCGGAACCGCAAGGUGGCCGAGGCCUUCGCCCGCACAGGAAAGUCCAUUGAGCAGCUGGAGAAAGAGAUGCUGAAUGGGCAGAAGCUGCAGGGGCCCCAGACAGCCCGGGAGCUACACAGCGUCCUCCAACACAAGGGCAUGCUGGACAAGUUCCCUCUGUUCAUGGCUGUGUACAAGAUAUGCUACGAGAACCAGCCAGUAGGUGAAUUCAUCCGCUGCCUGCAGAAUCAUCCAGAACAUAUGUGA